UAAUGGGAGAUGAUUGGCCAAUCAUCGCAAUCACAGACGAUGAUCAAAUAUAAACUGCAUUACAUGUAGAAUCCGGACGUCCCCGGAUUUCUCCGGCCCCGGCGUGGACCGGUGCGUGUUGUACAUGUAAGACCGUGUAUCAGGUCCUCGCGGUAUCACUUGACGGCCCCAGUGAUCAGCCGUUAGUGUGAGUUCGAUCUCUCGUCAACAGCUGUUUUUCUGCCGACUGUAUCUGCCUCUCUGUGUUUAGUUAAUCAUCUGUGUGAGAGGACAGCAGUCGUUGUCUCAGAGGAUUAGAACUGGACGCACCCCACCCAGUGAUCCCAAAGUUUGAUGACAGUUCACGAUCCCGCCAACUGAUAAAACACGCCGGAAUACAAAAUCAUAAUGCACUGUUGGGACCAUCGACCCAGAGUGCAGAGAUGUUGACGUCACAGGAAACCGCGUCUCCGGACAACAGUUCGACGGCAGACGACAGUAGCCGGGACAGCCCUGAGAAGAGAGGUCAAGGACGGACGAGUGAUGGUGACCCCCUAAAGGAAAGUCAAGUCAAGGGUGAUGAGUCCGACAUGUCGGACGCCAGUUCUAACGGCUGCUGUUCUUGUCCGUACAUCCCAAGGAGGUACAUUGUGGUAUUCCUGUCGACGCUUGGAAUGAUGGUUGUGUAUUGUAUGAGAACAAACGUUGGAGUGACCAUGAUAACCAUUCUGGAUGAAGAGGCCCAUAUGAAAGUAGGGACACCAGAAGCCAAAUGGAAUCUUCCGACAGUGGAAUGGGACACCAAAAUGGCGGAACUCCUGCAUAGUUUGUUCUACAUCGGUUUCUUCCUGUCCCAGCUUCCGGCAGGUUAUCUCACCUCUAGGUGGGCAUGCAAUAAAGCAUUUGGAGCGUGUAUCCUCUUCUCCGCCAGUCUAAACGUUCUCCUACCGGUCAGCAUUGAACACCUGGGCUACACAACUAGCUGUGUCAUCAGAUUUCUCCAGGGGGCGGGGGAGGGUUUCCUGUACCCCGCCUCUUACGGCGUGUUACGUCACUGGACAACAACCAAUGAACGUGGGCGUCUUGUAGCAGCCGUUCUUACAGGGACCUAUGCAGGCGCCAUUGUUGGUUUCCCUAUGAGUGGGUUGAUAACACACUACAUCUCCUGGGAGUAUGUCUACUAUGUCUCCAGUGGACUUUGCAUUAUGUGGUAUUUUGCAUGGCUGUGUUUUGUUUUUGAGAAACCCUCUCACGACCCCUCUAUCAGCCAAUCAGAAUACGAGUAUAUUAUUAAAAAUCAAGGGAAACAAAACAUAGAAUACGAGAAUCUCAAGGUCCCGUACCGACACAUUCUGACGUCAUUACCGGUGAUCUCACUAUGUUUGUGCCAUUUCGCCAGAAAUUGGGUCAUCAUAUUACUCCUGACCAACGAGCCGUAUUAUCUGAGUAUGUUUGGGUUCAGCGUAGCCGAGAAUGGGAUCUACUCGUCCAUCCCCCACGUGAUGUUAGUGCUGUGUACAUUCACCAGUGGGUACAUCGCGGACUAUCUCCAUCUGAAUCCACAGUACUCCACCACGUUUAUACGGAAACUGCUGACGGGAUUCGGCUUUAUAUCCCAGUCAGCGUGCUUCCUCCUCCUGACCUUCCUACAGACAGGGACCCCCGUACUAGUGGUACUGUCAAUGGCCAUGGGAUUCUUUGGACUCUCUGUCUCAGGGUGGCAGGUGAACUACUAUGACCUCUCUAGUCGCUAUGCCAACAUCCUGGUCAGUAUCUCGUCAUGCUUUGCUGCUCUGGCCGGUGUGAUCACCCCCAUAGUCGCCGGCGAGUUCCUGUCCCCGAACAAUAUAACGGGUUGGAAUGGGACGUUCUACAUUACUAGUGCCAUAGUGCUGUUUUCCGCAUUGGUUUUUGUAUUGUUUGGUUCAGGGGAAGAGCAACCAUGGGCAAAUCCGCCAGAAAAUAUUGUGCUGAUACAAAAAGUUGACCCUCUUGCUAGAAAGCCAUACACAGUUGAAAAUAGCCAGAAAAAACCAAAUGAAACUAAAAAGGAUAAAAUUUCCCUGGAUCCCACACCCGAACAGAUUAACAAAAUAGUCCACAGAAUGUCAACAGCUGCAAAUAAAGAUUGAUUAUUUUGUUUAAAA